GGUUGUGGUUCCCAGGCUGCCGCUGCGGGCCUGUGUCGCGCGACGGAUGGAAAGGCACCUCGUACGUGCAGCUAGCGAGUUGGCUAGUGACACGGCGCAAGAUUACACCGAAAGGUGAAAGACCAGCCAGCUGUUGCAGCCUUCCCAGAGGGAGCCAAGAUGAGCAGGGAUAUUCCCAUACACAGCUGGCCUGGAUCCUAUUACAUCAACACUGAAAAGCGCUGGGUUAGCGGGGCAUUGUCCCUAACGUGCACCACCCUGCGCUUCACCUCCGACAAGGCCGAGGACAGCCUGGCUAGCGUCCGGCUGUCCCGCAUCGUGGAGAUCAAGAUGGAAUCAUCCAGCUUCAUUUUCAGCACCCUCACGGUGCUGGAGGAGGGCAAUGUGAAGCACUGGUUUGGGUCUCUCCGGCCGAACCGUGUCGUCGUCUACAAUGUGCUGGAGCACUUCUGGAGGGAGCGGCUGCUGUCUCCGUCGGGGGUCCCUACUUCCAAGGCAGCCCCGUUAAGUAAAGGGAAGGAGCUGAUCAGCUUAGUUUCUGGGGCCCAACGCAGACUGGAGGACACGGGGAAGGUCCUCACCCACCAGGGGGAGCAGUUUGAUAACAUCAUGCAGGGACUAGACAAGAUCGAGUCGGAUUUGGGUGUGGCAGACAAGCUACUUUCAGAAUUAGAGUCGCCGCCCUGGUGGCCAUUUGGCAAGCUGCCCUGGAAGAGCCAACAGGAGGCCAAGGGUGAGCAGGCUGCCCAGUCCCAUGCUUCGGGAUCUGGCUCCAAGGGGGCAGGCAGGCAGGGGUUGAUCGUCUGCAUCCCGGCCAUAGUCUCGAAAGGUGGACAGUUGGACUUGAAGCCCGGCAGCCUGACCGUGUUGGUGUCCUCACUGGAGGUGCGGGACAGCAGCUCUCGGCUGCUGCACUGCUUCGAGAGGGGGGAGGUGGAUGACGUGCGGGUGCACAGCCCCUACGAGCUGAGCGUGCGGCAGCGCUUCAUCGGGCGGCCCGACAUCUGCUACCGGCUGCUCUCUGCUCGGAUGCCAGAGGCAUUGUCUGUUCUGGAGAUGCAGUACAAGAAAAAGGUGGAAUUCAUGCCGGAAUACUCUGCCUUCCAGACCACCCCAGCUGCAUCCCCCUGUAACCCUGAAGGGGCAGACUCUGUGUGGAGUGCAGCAACAAGCCUCCUCCAGCACUGCCAUGAUACAGAGGUUCCCUUGGAGGUUCCCGCAGGAGACCUGACCCAGCUGCAAGUGAAGGUCCUGCAGCCCACAGUCACAGAGGCAGAAGCUCAGGAGCUGAAGCAGAUGCUGCUCCAGCUGAAGAACCUGGCCCUGGAGGCCGAGUCGGAGCUGGAGAGGCAGGACGAGGCGCUGGACGUCCUGGCUUCCUCCACGGACCGCGCCACCAUGAACAUUGACAGACAUUCCCGGCGCAUGCGGAAGCUGCUGUGAAUCUCGGCCUCUGCCGCCCUUGUCCCCUGUGUCUGGUGGCCUGUAAUCACUCCCAGCACCUAAGCUCCUUCGCUUGCCUCCACUUUUCGGGCCUGGACAGUGUCCUUAUACUCCCUGGAGCCAGCGUGGUGGCUUGGGUGUUCACUGUAUGGACUGAAGCAGUGAACUGCAGGACAGCAGCCGUGGACCAGUCAAAUCUGUCCUUAAUGUAGCCUCUGGUUUUAUUUGAUAAUGCUGUUCUUCUUGGCAUGGGCGCUGCGUGGCAGCGAACUGACAUGUCUGUUUUUGGACGCAUUUCUGGGACUGGGUAAUCUCCUUUUCAGAUGCCGUUUGUGCAUCGGUUCCAGUGGGGGUUGUGUAUAUAUUAGGGGUAUUUCAGCCUGCUGUGUUACUCAGAGGGAUAACAGAAAAUUAGGCAUCUAACUGUUAAAAAAAAAAAAAUGUCCAGAUACUGGAAGUAUAGCCAGAGAAGCAUGUAGAAAACAGUCCUUGUAGGGGACUGAGCGUGCGUGAUGGGUGCAUGUCUGUACUUAACCCUGGCAUGUUGCAUGUGCUCACUUUGGGGAGACACUGCACUAAGACACACACACACACACACACACGCAAACAUACAUAUAUAUCUGUCUGCAACUGGGAGUCAUCCAUUUUCUCAUCAGAUUCAAGCUGUAGUUGUCGAAUUUCAUAUUUGGAUAAAAAAAAAAAAUCUCUGUCUGUAACCCAACCGUUUCGGCAGCCCUGGGUGGACCAAGUGAAGAUCUUUAAACGAGUUUUGAACACGGUUUUAUCGUAGGAGUUAAUUGCCUUUUAAUCCUCAUAUGCAGAGUCAGGCCUGAGAUCACCAUUUUGAUCAUAUUCCAGUUAUCUUUCCCUUCUUGGUGACUAAAGAAGAAAAUACGUUUGUAAGUGUAGCACAACCUGUGUUUGAUUGGCACUAACUAGCCAAUCACGUGUGCUGGUUUUCCUUCCCAGAAGCCCUUACGGCUGCCUUCUCCUCACUGUGGAGGGGGGGGCAGAUGGAAACUGCUUGGUUCCAGUUUCAUGGGCAGCCCAUUGAGAAGUUUAUGGUUCAUCUUAAAAUCUGAAUGUUUUUCCAAAAUAUUUCCACUACAUGGGACACCAGAGAUAUCAAAUUGUUGCUUUUUGCAGACCGCUUUGCACAAGUAAAAUUUAAACAUUAACCAUGAUUAUAUUCAGCAGAUGCUGCAUGGACAUGCUGAUGAUGAUUAAUAUGCAUAUUAAACAGAACGGGGAAGUAUGGAUAGAUGAUACACAUGAAGAACAUACUGAUAGUAGAGCAGAUGACAGAAUUUUUGGCUGAAAUAGAUUUUUUUCAUCGUUAAAUAGCUGGAGGUAACAAGCUCAUAUUUAAGUAUUUAAUUUAAGAUAUACAUAUUCUACUUCACAGUUGAAUUUCUGACCUCUGAACAUACUUUAUGUAGCUUAAUGUAUCUUGUAUGUCACUGGUAUUUGUAUAUAUGUGUAUAUACUGUAUGUGGUUUGUGGACUGUUAUGAUGUUUGAUAAUGUAGCUUUUUUAAUGUAUGACAAGACAUUGGUUUAGUUGAUCUCAUUUGCCAAGUUUACAUGAUUUUAUCUAUUUUUUCAGUGCAAUUAAUGAAGAGCUGCGGAAAUGGUGGCCAUUGCUACCAAAUUAUCUGUGUGAUUGUGGUGAUCUAAACAUCCCAUAGUUUUCGUCACGUGCGCGAGGUGGCCCAAGGUGUUCCAGAAUUAAUUUCCUGUUGCUGGAGCAAUUCCAUUAGAGCAGUGUUUCCCAGUCCAGUCCUUGGGGAGCAGCAGAUGGUCCAUGUUUUUGCUCCCUCCCAACUCCAUAGCAAAAAAAUGUGGACUGUCAGGCAGGGAGCAAAAACGUGGAGCAACUGUGGGUCCCAGAGGACAGUGUUUGGAAAUGCUGCAUUUACUGUAGAGAUCGGGGCAGAGAGAAGAUUGAGGUGCCCCUGCUAGAGCAAGCAGGAGGUACUUUCCUUUGAGGGGAGAAGCUGGUGAGGAGGAAGCAACAUCUGUCUUCGUCUGAUGGGAAAACAAAGACAAGAAAUGGAACCAACCGUCAAUUUGUAAUUAAUAGUCUUAUUGACUGUGAUUAUCUCUAGGCUUGGUACUCACAUUUGUGUGGGAGACCCUCUUUCCUGACUGGGAUGGAGCUGGAAUUAUAGCCCUGUGCCCUUAACCAACCUGGUUAUUUAUUGGACAGUGUUGGGUGGGAAAAUUAAGGGACAAAUGGGCGCUUGUGGAAAUAAUGGAAUUUCAGAUAUAAAGGGAAACUCCACUACAGAAUUUUGCACCCCAGCAACAGGCAGAGGUUAAGUGUGAAGAGCAACCACACUCUGCAGUUUGACCAGGAGUAUCUGAGCAGAAAUGGCGGACGGUGGGGUCCAGUCCUUCAUCUGGGUUUUACCUUUGCUCGCUUUAGUCGGGCUGACCAGGGGGAUGCAGAAACUGACACAUUAUCGUUGCUGUUUACAUGGACGACCACCACAGGUAGAAAGAUCUGGGCCGCAGCCAUGCUUAGGAAAGGUAUAAAACUUUAAAUGUGAUUUAAAACACUUUUUAUUUCAAACUGUUAUGUUGUGAUCUCUGUUUAUAAGGUUAUGUGAGAGGGUGGAAUUUUUUUUUAAUGAUUUCAGUCGUAUUUCUUGGCACUUUAACAUGUUUGCUCCAGCUAUUAAACUGUAACGGAUAUAUACAGGUAGUUAUGAGGAUAAUUCUUAUUGCAGAAAGUUCCGGGUGGGUGGGGACCUGUAUAUACUGUAUUAUGUAUAAUAUACUGUCUGAAAUAGUCAUUAAUACCUUAAUGAACACGAAUAAUAAACCAGUUAGUCUUUUUCUCCACUUAAUGUGCAGUGACAAUCAAGGUACAUGUAUUAUGGUGUAUUUUAGCAGUGUCAGUGCAGGAAAUGCAGGGAAACAUGCAACAUCGCAUUAAAGAAAUAUUAAACAACCUGCUCUUAUGGAAAUGUUGUUUUUUCUGAAACCAUCGUCACUUGUCUGUGGGGAAAAGCGUUCAGUACUGUAAAUCCUUCAUGGGACGGAUGUUUGCUGCCUGUCUCGUCAGCCCUCCUGGAUCAUGCAGGCGCUUGGCUUGCAGAAGUCAAACAGAACCCCUUGGUUCCUGGCACCCAUCCGUAAGCGAGCGAUAACAUCUACUAUUUAAACAAUCUGCGAUUUUGUGGCGCAGUUGACGCAAAUGCUGGCGAACGGUAUGACCUGCUGUUGUGCUCGAUGUGGGACAGCGACUGGGUGGGCUCCAGGAUGCUGAAGGCUCUGUGUGCCUGUUUCGGGUGGUGGAUCGGUCCAUUCCCACCGCCCCCCCCCCCCCCCCGCUGCCACGCCUCCCUGAAGUGUGCUCUGAUUGGUGGGUUCUUCACCGAUCAUCCCAUGAACUCCCAUGUGCUGAAAUGUCCUGUAUCUUCGAUUUAACUCAUGCGCCAUCACACAAUGGAACUAGUCUUGGCUAAUCAUUAACAAAAUCAUACAGAUUAGACUGACCUUUAAUGGAAAACUGGUCCCUGCUGGUUCUUAUUGACCUGCUAGAAGACUCUGGUUGCAUGUGUGAUGUGUUAAUUCUGUAGACAUAGCCACUUAUUUCAAAUGUACGCAAAGAUCCUUGUAAUGUCCUGUUGAUUACCUGAUGUAUUUAAGCUGCAUUUAAAAUGUCAUGUGUAAGUGUUUAUUUGUCGAUUAAACCAUGUACUAAGAA